UCCAAUACAUACAUGUGUAUGCACUCAAAAAUAUUAGUAAAAUGUUUAAUUUUUUUUUGCUGUUAUGGCUAUUAAUUUCAAUGGACUAUGGAAAUUGCAAUGAAAUUAUUGAGCCAAAAAUGGAAUGUAAUUUAACAUUAUUUACAAAUAGCUCUUUUACAAUAUAUGCUCAUUUAACUGACAUAGGUGCUGGAAAUAAUAACAUAACAUCAAUAACUUUAAAAAUUUCGAAAACAGCAGAAAGCAAAGAUUUUGGUCCUGCUAUUGAUAUUGAAAAUUAUGAGCCAUGUUCAACAGGAAUUGAAUAUUUACCAAAUGACAUAAAUACAAAAAUUUGUAAAUUUCGUAUUUAUCCAGAUAUUUUUAAAACGUUGGAAGAUAAUGGUCGUCAAUAUUAUGGAAGAUACUGGGUGAUAAUGGUGCAUCGUUCAUUUGGUUUACCGUGGUCAUUUAAAUUUUAUAUGAAUACUCCAGAUUGGUGGAUUAUAAAUAAUUAUACUACUCUUAACAUGGAUGAUAAUUCGUGGACUAAUUAUGCUCGUAAUCUUAGAUACUCCUAA